GCAGUUACAUCUUUUCAUUAAAACUUUUAUACGUAUUAUUCUCCAACAUCAUCUGGUACACGCGUAACUACGGAAAACAAAGGCGGUUUUUCUACUGUAUAGAAAAGCCACUGGCAGGACGACCAGGGGCAGUUUGGACAAUCUAAUUUUAUCUAAGGGUAAUUUUAUAUCUUAUCUACCAAAUAUAUGUUCAAGAAGAAUCUCCAUCCCUCUUUCAUCUUCCCUAUCCCAACCCUAGAUUUUUAACUUAGCUCCAUACACAGGAGCAUCUAGAAGUACACUUCCUAUUAUAGUAAAGCUUUUUUAGUGUUAUAGUAGAGAGACACAGAGCAUCGAUUGAAGAACUAGGAGUUGCGUAUACUGUUUCUACAUCACCAUUUGAAGGAAGGAGUGAUUAAACUUGCACCAACAUACGAAUAUAAAAUCAACACUGAUAAAUUUGUCGGGGAGACUCCAAGAGAAAUGGACAAGAAGAGAUCCCCGUCUUGGCAUCUGAUCACAAGCCUGCAAGCUCAAUGUUCUUGGAAGAAGUUGAAAUAUUUUUUAUGACAGAAAGCUCUAAAGAGUUCUCAGUUUUGACACUGCCACUCGAUAUUGAAGAUUAGGAAUCACAAUGACGCAUUGCGUACAUAUGUAUUUUAAGGCAAAGGCGAAUCCAGGAACUAAAUUCAGUGGAUUUAGAAUAUCAUAUAUAAUGGACAAGCCUUCAAGGCUGUGAUGCCAGUAUUAUAAGGGCAGACUCAUUGAAACGUGCUGAAAUGGCAGCUGAUCUGUUACAAAUGAAGUGGUCUACUAAUCUUACCCCCAAGAGGUACAAUAAAGAUUAUGGCAUACCAGUUUCUGCCCAAGAUAUGUCAAAGGGUGCUGAAAAAGAGGACUUGCAAAUAAAUGACAAAAAAGGUGAUAUGAGUUCUCUUGCAUAUGGUAACAUGUUAGAAAAUCUUGAUUUCCGUGAGCCUGCUCGUGAGAAGGAUGAUGGUUCUCGUCCAAGCUUUCAGACUCGAGAGAAGUCUGUCAAGAAAAUUGGUAAACAUAUGUUAUUUUCAGCAUCUGAGAAUGCCACUAGUGUGUCCAUUGUCCAAGAUGUUGAAGAUUAUAGUCGUGAAGAAAGCUUAAGAAUUUCUGGUGAGAGUGGUGAAGAACGUAUAGUUAACGCUGAUCAUGAUGCCAUGGGUGGUACAUGUAUAUCUGAUGUGGCGAGACCCAGUUCAAUAUUUGUGGACUCCCGUGGUGAGAGUGAUCCUUAUGAAUCCAGUGGCAGUUUGUCCCACUUACUGUUUCUUCAUCAGAAAGCAUAGAGUUUAACACCUUGUCUUUGGUGAUAUUGAUGAUUGUUGCGACACUGUAACACCUUGUCUUUGGUGAUAUUGAUGAUUGUUGCGACACUGUAGACAGAUGCAUGGAGUCUUCUUCUUCAGAUUAUAAGAAAAAAGAAGAUUACCCUCCUGCAUCUUCAGGCUCUCCUGAUAUCAAAGACUAUCGAGUACCAAACUAUGAUUCUGGUCCUACUUUAGACAAGUCCAUCCAAAGCUAUCUGUCAAAUGUUGCAAAUAAAAGAAAACUCAAAACUGCAUCAAACAAUGUUGACAUCCUGACAAUAGUUCGGGACAAAGAACCUAUGCGGAUGGCCAGAUCUUUACCUAAUAUGUGGCCUCAUGAUAAUGAUUUUCGUUCUAACCCUGAGGACUUACAUUCACCAAUUGUACUAUAGACAACAGAAGUUGCUGAAUUCUCGUCGGAGGUGAAAAAUGUUUCAGCAACCCCAGAAAUUGGUAAGAGAAUAUACAAAUGUGUGCGCUAUUUAAAUCAUUUUGAAGCUUGUUAUGAUGCCUUGUCUACUCUUUAAAUUUGUACUGUGAUUUUACCUUGUAAGACUCGAAGUUCAAUUUCGUUUUAGAUUGCCUGAGGAGUUAUAUGUUGUAUGCUGGAAAAAAAUAGUUUAUUUGUAUGGACUAAAAAGUUAGGCAAGAUAAUCAUUGACGAGUUCAAAUGAAUCUUUGCGGAAAGAGAUCCCGAAUCCAUUAAUUUAUCGGGUAGUAGCUGGAGACCAUAAAGAAGCAUGAAAAAUUCUGGGCCAUCCAUGGAUGGAGAUGUAAAUUCUGAUGCUAAAAAUAGUUCAAAAAACACAGGUGGUGAUAGAGAAAAGGAUGUGCCAAGGCCAAAGAUUUCCAA